UAAACCAAAAUUCUUCUUCUUCGUCGCCUCGAGAAAAUGGGAGAACUAUCGAAGAACUCCAUUCUCUUCUCCGAUCAACACCUUUGCCACGCCGAUAUCCUUCCUCCGUCAGAGGUUCGAGCUCGGAUCGAAGUUGCAAUCCUUAAUUUCCUGAAAAAUCUAAAUUCGUCGAAUCCGGAAGUAACAGAUCUACCUCUGAUUAGCAGGAAAAUGGGGAAUAGCAGAGUGCGUCGGGGAUUACUUACUGACGACUCGAAGAUUUUUCUUUCGCAUUCGUUUUCCACGAAAUCUUUGAUGAAUGAGAACACUGCUAAUUCAUUUAUUCGAGUGUGGAAGGUGAUGGAGAUGUGUUAUCAGAUACUGGUUCAAGAAAAGAAAGUUACUCAGAGGGAGUUAUUUUACAAAUUGCUAUGCGAUUCGCCUCAUUAUUUUACGUCUCAAUUACAGGUCAACCGAACAAUUCAAGAUUUGGUGGCAUUGGUUAGGUGCAGCCGAUAUAGCCUUGGCAUCAUGGCUUCGAGCAGAGGAGCAGUAGCUGGUCGUCUUUUGCUUCAGGAGCCGAACCAAGAGAUUGUGGACUGUUCUACUUGCGGGUCUUCUGGUUACGUAAUCUCCGGAGACUUAAAUUUGCUGGAAAAUUUGGUGAUGAAGAGUGAUGCUAGAUAUAUCAUUGUGGUCGAGAAGCACGCCAUAUUUCAGAGACUAGCUGAGGAUCGUGUAUUCAAUCAAAUCCCGUGUAUUCUCAUCACAGCCAAAGGCUAUCCAGAUAUUGGUACCAGGCUUCUUCUUCAUCGAAUGAGUCGAGAAUUUCCUGAGUUACCGAUUCUAGGGCUCGUUGACUGGUAUGAGUAACCAUUGAUCUACAUAACUGUUACUUACAAGUUUGGAAGUAUUGCAAUGGGGCUGGAGGCAUAUCGAUAUGCUUGCAAUGUGAAGUGGCUUGGAUUACGCAAGGAUGACAUCGAACAACUAGUACCCGAAGAAUCUUUGAUCCCUUUGAAGCCGCGGGAUCAUCAAAUUGCCAAAAGCUUGUCCUCCUCAGAGAUCUUGCAGGAUAAGUAUAAGGAAGAGCUGUCGUUCAUGGUACAAAGUGGUCAGAGAGCAGAAAUUGAAGCUCUGUACUUUCAUGGAUUUGAUUUCUUGGCCAAGUACAUAGGAAAGAAAAUUGUACAAGCUGAUUAUAUAUAAUUACGACGCUCGCUAGCUUCUCCUCAAAAGUGGUUUAUCCUAAUCACACCCGGCAAACUUCACAGGUAUAUCGCAUUUAUCCAAUACAAGUGAGUCACUGUAGAUUUUGUGUAAUUGUGCGUAAAUCUACAAUAAUAUGUUAUCCACGGCACCGUUGAAAACGAUACUUCUAAAAUUGUACAAAAUCAAAUUGUCACUCCUUUUAAAAGACCCUUACAAAGUCAACAUUUCGAAUACAUACAAAAUUCGGUUCGAGGAUCGUCAUUUGGAAUACAUAUUCCAAGCCAACUGUUAGACCGAAUUCACAAGCAAGUUUCGAGAACAGAUAUUGUAAAAAAUUCACCUACUAAUUGAGUCGCUCAAAAGCUUGAAUAUAUAUAUGUUUAAAAUUGAUCUAAAACAAUAGACCUAGUAGUACAAAAAAUUAUUACAGACAA